AUGUCUUCUCACGAAACAGUUCCUGGGACUGAUAUCUACGGACCGGGUACAUUCGUGGACAAAGAGUUCACACCAGCUCCCCAAGAUGCUAGUCGUAUCUUCGAGUAUAUUGCCAAGGGCACUCCGGGAUUUACUCAAGACCAAGAACUUUGGAACACCGUCCGAUUUGAGGGAACUUCGCUACCCGUCAUUCCUGGUCCGACAAAAGCACCCCUCAUUGCAGCUGCACUUCAUGCUAUGUGUGGCGUAGUAGCCCACGAAAUUGUCGAAGACCGUGAUGGUACAUCAGCCAAGUCCCAGGAUGUCACAGUGAACACCGAUCAUGCGGCUAUCUGGCUAGGAACCAUCUUCGCGGCUUCCAUCCAGGGCAAAGAUAUGUCAGAGCUAGUCAGAACGCGUCAGAUGCCAUCUCUUUUCACAAAAGAUUUCGAGGGCGACUUCAUGUCCUCGCCCAUGAGACAACGAACCACCGCCCUGUACAAGACCAAGACCCCGGGUGUCUGGUAUCAACUCCACGGCUCCUUGAAUGCUGCGCCAGUGCUCAAGUCCAUGGGCAUGGAUCCAGAGUAUCCCGCAAAGACAUCAGACGAGGCCUAUGAAUACAUCUCUCGCCACGUUGAGCAAUGGACUGCCGAUGAGUUGGAAAUGCAUAACGUCAAGAAUGGCUUCUGUGGAAGUAUCUGUUUUACUCCUCAAGGGUGGUCAGAGACCUUGAUGGGAAAGAGACUGGCAGAUCAUCCGCUAGUCGGUUAUUCACGACAGUCGCAUGCAAUUCCCACUCCUGCCAUCCCAUCGACCAAGCUCCCCAGCGAUAAGCGGCCUCUGGCCGGAAUCAAAGUCGUGGAGCUGGUUCGUAUUAUCGCCGGUCCUGUCAUUGGCUCUACUCUCGCUGCUCUCGGUGCGGAUGUGAUUCGUGUCAACUGUAGUAGUCUGACAGAUUUAAAUGUCCUGCAGCCUACCUUGAACACGGGAAAACGUACCAUAGACCUUGAUCUUACACAGGAUGAAGAUAAAGCACGCCUGAGAGAACUUAUCGCAGACGCUGAUGUCUUCGUCCAAGGCUUCCGUCCCAAUGCGAUUGCAAGAAAGGGAUUCGGCAUCAACGAUCUUCUCGAAAUGGCCGGGAAGCGAGGCAAGGGAAUUGUUUACGUCGAAGAGAAUUGUUACGGCCCUGACGGACCGUAUCAUGAGAGACCCGGCUGGCAGCAGAUCGGAGAUGCAGCUUCAGGCUCUUCUUAUGUCAUGGGUCGGUCAUUAGGCUUCAAGGAUGGUACUAGCAUUCUGCCUCCCCUCCCAAUUUCGGAUAUGAGCACUGGUCUUGUCGGUGCUCUAGGAACACUUCUUGCACUUCGGGAUCGUGCCCGACUGGGAGGCUCAUACCGCGUCACCAGCUCUUUGGUAAAGGCGGACGCGAUCUCUUUGGAACCGGAAAUUGGUCUUUACUCGCCGGAGAUUGUUGCAAAGAGUACCGAGCUGUUCAAAUGGGGUCACAUCGGUCCUUCUCAGUUUGUAACGGAGAUUCUUCUUGUCGUCAUGGAUGGCUGGAAGAAGGUUUUCCCCCAGUACUUCGAGACUGGAUCAGAUUCGCUCAUGACCACCUUCCAAGAUGGGCCCUGGGGCCAAAUGAACAUUUUGAAGCCUGUGGCUCAGCUGAGUGACCCUGGUGUGACGCCUCGAUGGUUAACACCUGCAGUGCCGCAUUGCUAUCAUUCCCGGGACAUAAAAUGGCUGUGA